AUGUGAAAUAUUGUUGUGUUCCACUUUGUGGUGGUUUUGGGGGUCACAAGUUUCCCACAGAUCAGGAAUUACUCUUGAAAUGGAGGGUAGCGAUCAAACGGAUGGAUAGGAAAACAAAAAAAUUAUGGAACCCAGGAAAAGAAGACGUUGUUUGCCAUAUACACUUCACAGAAGAUGACUACAAAAUCACCGAAUCAGGUGCAACUACUGACAUGUGGUGAACGAAGACGACUUAAGUAUGGAGCUGCGCCCUCUGUUUUUGACUUCAAGAAUACCAGUACUACCCAGGAAUCUGACAGAGCUAAGCGAAAGAGGCUGCGAGAGUCUACUCAAGAUACAUGUACUCCAAUGAUUGAAGACCUGCCCAUAUAUAUGGAUGAAUUGAUUGUACAUCACAAAGUUGUCGUAGAUCAGUCAUCUACAAGUAUGUCCACAUCCAUGCCAGAAGAAAUGUGUUCAACAGCUGAGAAAGAAAUCCAGUGUGACAUACCUACCUUAGGUAGAUUUUCAAUUGAAGUUUGAGCCAAUUAACAAAAGACCUACCUCAACAGCUCGUUGAACCCAAUACUCUGUGAAGGGUCUUUCCAAAUAAUCAUGGUCCAAUACUGCUGCCUAGUGAAACAAAAGGUGUUACAGUUUGUUUGUUAUUAAACACUUUAUUUUAUAUGUGCAGUUUUACCCAUCACUACUUACUGCUUUAGAUUAACAGACUUAUAAUUUUAAAAUCAACAUUUUAUAUGCAUUACUAAUAUAGCUUGCUAUAAGUUCACUAGCGAGAUACUUUUGACUUGACGCUGCUUAUAAUUAGCGAUGUACAGGGACAUUAAGUGAGAUUCUUGCUUGUGUGAGUAAUGCAUUUUCAUGCUUAUGUUUACCUGAAUAUUUGCUUUCUCGAUGAGAUAUCUGUAUGUCAGAUUGUCUGAGGUCUCUGCACAAUGGUU